AUGGCAAGCCGUGAGCAAGAGAGGGGAAAAGGAGAAGAAGAGGAGUUCGAGAUCUGUGGUGUGGCCACUGUUCGAGUUAGAUCUGGAAACAUUAUAGGCGAAGAAGACGAAGACGAAGACGAAGGGGUUGAAAUCUUUUUGAACCAGCUUGAGAAGAUGAAGACGAAGACAAAAUGGGUUGGUGGAUUGAUCAAGGAAGUUGUUCAAGGGAGGUUGUUUGAUCCUUCCUUUAGGAAAUGCAGAGGCAAUUCCUCUCUUAGUCCAAGUGAACUUUAUACUUGGGGCCGAGACGAAGGGGAUGGUAGAUUGGGUCUUGGUCCUAGUCGGGGGCCUAAUGAGGUUGGGGGACUUGGUGUCCCUUCAAAAGUAAAAGCAUUACCUGUGCCUGUGGCUGCUGUUUCUUGUGGCGGGUUUUUCACAAUGGCAUUGACAAAGGAGGGGCAACUUUGGAGCUGGGGAGGUAAGAUUAUUAUGUCUUCUGGUACAAGUACUUUAUUGCUCUUUCUUGCUCCCUGA